GUGAAAAUUUUUGAUGGCAAAGGAAUCAAAAGACAACUAAAAAGACACUGAGCCCACCACCUCUCGUCACAUAACCUUUUUUAUGCCACAACCACCACCAAGUCAACUAGACGCAACUCCACCACGACCACCGCGAAAGAUGGCUGCAGUUCGCAGCAUAACGAGAGAGCAAAUCGACAGUUUCUGGAGGAGGAAGAAGAUGGAUGAAGAAGAACACCUUCUCGCGGCUCAGAAGGCGGCUGCGAGAAUCAGAGCUAAGUCUCUCAGGGCAAGGAUCUCAUUCUUAUAUUGGCUAGAUAUCUAUCACCUUUCUUAUUUGUUACAUCGAACACAUGUUCUUUCCUUAAUUUCUGCUAUAUGUGUUCACGACGGCCGAAUUUUGUCACGCAUAGGGUGGAAUUGCUGGGAAACUUUGCUGAGUAUUUCUUGUGCUAUUGAAUUAGGAUCAGAUGUCAAAACCAUUCGAUUUUUGUUCGCGCAGGAAGACGAUUACCACCGCUUCCAGGCGUUGCUGAAAGAGAUUAUUAUCGACGGCAAUAAUAAUAGUGAUAAAGAAGGGAAGGAGGAUGACGUCGCAAACGACAAGGAGUCGCGAAUAGGAAUCAAGGACUGGUGGACCAAAAGCAAGUAUGCUUAUCUAAAUCAACCAUCCAUUAAAUCCAUGGAUGAUAAGCCACUGAAGCAGAACAGCACAUACAUUCCACAGAAGGCUUGCUUUAACACUACAUCCUUCAGGGUUGUCUGAAUGCCAAUUUCAGGGUCACAGAUGUCAAGUACAUUUUAGGUGCACUUUCAUGGAAUUGGUGGUAUUUUCGUAAAAUUAAAACUGCUGCAGCGAACCCCAAUUUGUUGUUAGAGUAAAUAUUUGUGGGGGAAAUAUUAUUGUCAAUAAUGCAGUGGCAGCAGGAACUUCAGCUGAUGAAAUUUGAGAGGACCCUGGAAAGUUAGUGCCCAUGUAUUAGAUAUUUAAUUAUAGAGCUUUUCUCUCCUUUGAAUGCUAA